UCCAUCUCAAAAUAAUAAUAAUAAUAAUAAUGAUAAUCACCCAUGCAGACCUGCAGGACUCAACGCAGGCCUGGUGCCAGGCCCAGUGGGCAGUGGUGGAGCCCCAGUGGCUUGGGAUGGGGAGACCGGGACUCUGAGCUGGCAGCGUGGCUGGUGUCUGCUGGGUGCCACUGCAUUCCCGCCGUGUGCUGGGCCCCGGGAUCCACUGGUUCCUGUCACCCUCAUCUGCCCCUGAGGGUGCGGCCAUCUUCUAGAAGGGGAAACUGAGGGUGAGCGCGGGAUGUCGGGGGAGCCCAGGCUGGCCCGGGGAGCAGUUGGCGGUGGAGACCUUGGGCAACUUCCCAAGUGGGGCUAUCCCUGGGCCUGGGCGGGAACGCCCCCAACUGCCGAGGCCCAUGUAUAAGGGCGGCCACCGCCUUAGCCACAGAGCUGCUCCGCCAUGACCCGGCUGACAGUCCUGGCCCUGCUGGCUGGUCUUCUGGUGUCCUCGAGGGCCGGCUCCAGCCCCCUCGCGGACAUCGUGGGCGGCCGGAAGGCGAGACCCCGCCAGUUCCCAUUCCUGGCCUCCAUCCAGAAUCAAGGGAGGCACUUCUGUGGGGGUGCCCUGAUCCAUCCCCGCUUCGUGAUGAGCGCGGCCAGCUGCUUCCGAAACCAGAACCCUGGGACUGUCGCCGUGGUGCUGGGCGCCUAUGACCUGAGGCGGCGGGAGAGGCGGUCCCGCCAGACGUUUUCCAUCAGCAGCAUGAGCGAGAACCGCUAUGACCCCCAGCAGAACCUGAACGACCUGGUGCUGCUUCAGCUGGACCGCGAGGCCAACCUCACCAGCAGCGUGGCAAUACUGGCACUGCCCCUGCAGGACGCCACGGUGGAAGCCGGUACCAGAUGCCAGGUGGCCGGCUGGGGGACCCGGCGUAGUGGGGGGCGUCUCUCUCGUUUUCCCAGGUUCGUCAACGUGACCGUGAUCCCCGAGGACCGGUGUCGUCCCAAUAACGUGUGCACCGGUGUGCUCGCCCGCCGGGCCGGCAUCUGCAAUGGAGACGGGGGCACCCCCCUCAUCUGCGACGGCCUGGGGCACGGCGUGGCCUCCUUCUCCCUAGGGCCCUGUGGCCGAGGCCCCGACUUCUUCACCCAAGUGUCGGUUUUCCGAGACUGGAUCGAUGGUGUUCUCAACGGGGGACCAGUGCCAGCCUAGGGGGGCCUGUGACCUCCCACAGAGCCCAGCCCUGCCCUCCGCGCCUCCCGCGCUCCGAACCCACCUCCCACGGCCCCGCCCCUGCCCCUGCCCCCACUCCGGCCGGCGUGGCCCUGGCUGUAAUAAAGAAGCCAAUCUCGCCUCUG